AUACAAUAACAGUAUCAAAAAACGUUAGAGUGAAUGACCAUUUGAGACCGUCAGUGAAAGCGGUUACACGCCUACUCGGAAAAGCAGAUCAUUCAUUAAUACUCUACAGUCAGGUGUUAAAUGAUUCUACCGUAGAUUAUUUAGCCCGCAAUCCCUCCGCAGUAUUCAGACGCCUCCUCAGUGUUUUUAGCGAAAGAUGAAGUAGUUUCUGUGGCACAACUACAGAAUGCGGUUUACUGGGAACAUAUAUGACCAUUUCUGAGCUGAAGCACACUCAGCCAUAGUUUGCUACAGAAAUGGUAUCGCUGAGCAUUUUCCUGCCUCUGAAUCUUUUUCAAAUCACCUGAUUUUCUUACACUUGAGCAGGACCGAGUGGUUUUGGCACAUUAGUAUGCAUGUUCGAGGCGCGACAUGUCUUUGUGCAUGAAUGCUGGGCAGUCAUAACUGAUCUGUGGAAAAACAAGGGGAAACUCCCCCUCGGAAGACUUCUGAACAAUGACCGGACCAAGCGCCACCAGCAGCGGCUCAACGGCCAAGACCAGCAGACACGGUCGGUCCAAGAGCACCAGUACCUACUGUCACACUACCGGUCUGGCGGCUGAAUCCACCUCAUCCACUGCCGCAAACAACACCGGCAGGUCUUCCGGCGAGGAAGAGGAGAAAGACGGCGAGGUCCCGUUUUUCGUGAACAGGACGGGCUUUCCCAUAGACACUGUCACCUGGGAGAGAAUGUGGUCACACGUCACCAAAGUUCAUCCUGAUGGACAGGAGAUGGUGGAUAGAAUACGAAAUGCAACACACCUCUCUAAACACCCCGUGCCAUCGGUUCCAAACUUUAAGCCAUCGAUGUCUGUGCCUGAUUGGCUCCAUGCCGUCCAGAACUACAUGAGAAACUUGCAAUACAACCAUACGGGAACGCAGUUCUUUGAGAUUAAGAAAACCAGACCUCUGAGUGGGUUGAUGGAGACUGCCAGAGAGAUGAUACGAGAAUCACUUCCCAUCAAAUGCCUUGAAGCAGUUAUCCUUGGAAUCUACCUAACCAACGGUCUGACCUCCGUGGAACGGUUCCCCAUCAGCUUUAAGACCCAGUUCUCCGGCCACCACUUCCAUCAUGUGGUGCUGGGCGUUUACUGUAAUGGCCGAUAUGGCACUCUGGGUAUGAGUCGACGUACUGACCUUAUGGACAGAUCUCUGAGCUUCCGUACACUCAGCGAGUUGGUGUUCGACUUUGAGGACUCAUACCGUCGCUACCAGCACACCAUGAAGAAGAUCAAAAUCGGCCUGUACGUGCCCCACAAUCCACACGUUUUCCAGCCUAUUGAGUGGAACUAUCUGGUGAUCAAUGCCUGCAAGCAGGGUCGUGAGGACAUGCGCAAAGAGCUGGAGAAGCAUGGCCGUGACAUGAGGAUGAAGAUCCUUAAGUCAUCCAGUGCUCAGUCUCCAAUCAAAGAACGAACCCGAGGCAAGUCUUUAUCACCGCGCCGCCGACCAGCCAGCAGUCCCCAAAGACGCCAACAUGUCCACAGAAGAGACAAAUCGCCUGCAGCACUGGACAGAAAGCCGGCAGAGCUCAGCACCCUCAGUGAUGGCUACCAGAUUCGCAUCUGAGACAAUAAACGUACCAGCUUUAUCCUCCACAUGUCCUCCCUCAAUCAGAUCCACAGCAUAUUAAACAUAUUUAUAGUUGUACUUUCAUGUUAAGAGGGAAAUUGCGUGCCCUUUUUAAAGUCAAAAGCAAAAGUUAAACGCGAUUCAGGAAAAAAAAAAACAGAAUAUGAUAUUCCUUUACUAGCCAUCAUUUUUUUUAAAUAGUGGAAAGUUUAAGAGUGAAGGAUAUCAAUUUUGCUUUAAAAGUUUUUUUGGUACCCUAGUAAUUGUCAAGCAUUUUAGAAGACAAAAAAAUGGUGACUGAAAUAUUCAAGCAAAUAUGGAAAAUGAGGUGGAAAGGCUCUAUUUUUGGACCGAAUCUCCACUAGCAGUGAGAGCUGGAGUGUGAAUGGAUUGUGCUUGGCAGAGAGAUGUAAACCUCAGUGCCUCGUGCUGUGCUGCUGGUAGUUUUGAAGGCUUACUGGCCCGGAGGAGAGAGAGGACAUAAGCUUUUUUCGCCAGAGGCGUAAGGACACAAGGGACCUAAGCUUCAGAGAGCUACUCAUUCUGCCCAAAAGAACUGUAUUCAAUCCACUUUACUUCAUUUUUUGUUACCUGCAUACAUGAUAUGGAUGGAAUGGACAUGAUUUAUUGACUAAGGUUUGGCG